AAAAUCCUCUUGUUUAGAACCUAGGAGCUGAAAAUGCAGUUAUCACUUUGAUCUACGUCGAACGCAUGACAGAGCUUGGAAACCUGUCUUUCCAUGCCAUCAAUUGGCGUCGACUCCUCCUUGGCGCCUUGAUUCUCUCUAUCAAGGUCUGGGAAGACCUUGCGGUCUUUAACUCGGACGUCUGUGCCAUUUUUGAAGGUCUCUCCGUCAAGGACGUGAAUGCAUUGGAACGUUUCACGAUGGCAAAACUACAGUACAACGUCUCUGUAAAGCGAUCCCUGUACGCGGCUUAUUACUUCCGAUUGCGAGAUGUUAGCGAACAAGAGCAUAACGAGCAUUACGGGAAGCUAACUCUGAGCAUGAGCCAGCGUGAUAUGCAAGGCGAAAGUCAGACGACGAUAACGGCUACCGACAGCUGUGUGAACCGCCCGAGGCAACAGAGAUUUGGUUCUUCGAGCAGGAGAGGAAGUAGCACCACGAUGGGCGUUGGUGUCGGUAACGCCCAGGGCAUGAUGGGUAGUGGCAGCAGUGGCCUUGCAGGAACCCACCACUCCAAGGUUCCAAUUGGACCUGGAUACCGCAAAUGGACAUUGAAACCGCUCAGCGUACGGGAGGCAGACCGACUGGAGGCCCGAUCGAGCCUUUAUAGCUCGAACACGAUGAUGGAGGAGCACGAGCGGAAAGACGCAGGAUGCUGCUUGGAUGAGUACUCGACUGCGACGCCAGAGGAGCUGCAGAACCUUUCAGUGACUCUCCUUGCGGCGUCGAUGCGUACUAUCCCGUCCAUGGCGUCUAUGUCGACAGUUGUUGGCUCGAUGACGGGCCAGAGCAAUAGCUACAUUAACAACGGAAGCAUUAAGACGAUGUCGACGUCGAGUUCUAUAUCAUCCACGGCAACCAAGGUUGCUGGAUCAGCCGCGGAUCUUGCGAGUAAGGAGGAUGGUGGUGAUAAUGAUGGCGCGCAGACGGUCGAUCAGCCAAGGAGGACCCUGCGAUUGAAGAAGAGCCGAAGCGAUUUCUUCUUUCAGAACACGACGCCAGCUUCCAUUAUGUAGUUUCAAUUAGACUUCAAGGAUUUAGCAACUAUACCCCUAACAUAGAGCGCACGGAUUAAUAAUACAGCAGUG